AGUCCAUCACGCACAGGCCCAGGUCAGCGUCAAGGUCUCUACCAAGGACACUGGGAUGGAAAUAGCAGAAGAGCCCACCACAAAUCUCGGACAGACCCUGGAGUGGCUGAGAAAGGAACUGUCUGAGAUGCAGAUCCAAGACCAGAGACUCCUGCUCACGCUGAGGCAUCUCCACAGUGUCCUGGAGGAGCUGCGCGCUGAGCGUGCCCACUGGGAGGAUGCCAGGUCCAGCGGGGGGUCCUCCCCUAUCAGAGCUCGAGCAGGCUCUGAAGGCAGGGGCCACCAGCCUGUCUCCUUGAGGGGGCUGGCCUACCUCCUCCAAGGAGAAGACAGUAGACGCAGCUCCCUUCCUUAAUUGGCCAAAGAUGACACUGUGCUUGAAUCCUCCCUCCACUAGUCUAGAC